AUGACAAGGGGACAGCAAAGGGCCAGCCUCACGAGAGUACUGCUAGGCUGCCUGCUGCUCAUAUCGGCAUUCGUCGGUCGAACGACGUGCGAGCCCUCCCUGGCUAGCCGACUGGCCACGAACACUCAGCAAGCUCGGCCAGACUCCCUCCAACUCGCACAUCGUGUCAUCAGCGAGCGGCCGAGCAAUGAAGGGCUGCCUGCACUGCCCGAAGAGAUCCGCAAGUUUACUUUCACCGCUCCGUCGCCGAGAGGCUUGCCCGUCCAAGACGGCGCACCUCAGUCUGUCGAAGAUCUCGAGCUGUCUGAUCUCGCCUUGAUCACGACCGUCGACGGAUCUGUCCAUGCAGUUCUCCGGGCUACAGGCCAAUGGAUCUGGACCCUGCAUGACUCCAAAGACGUGAAGCAGGACAACUCGACCUUGCGAGACAUCAACACGCCCCUCGUCAGAGUCGAGGACGUCGCUCCUCGUCUGAUCAAGCCCAGGCCAUCGAAUGUGAAGGCUGUGGGCGAGCCUCUGCGGACGACACAGCAAGAGAGCGCGUCGAACGAUGAAGUCUACAUCAUUGAGCCCCACGCAGACGGCGACCUUUACAUCUUCUUGCGCUCCACAGGAAAGAUGCAGAAAUUACCCCUGUCCAUGCAUCAGCUCGUCGAGAUGUCGCCGUUCACCUUUCCGGGCGACGACUCGAAAAUGUUUGUCGGCAAGAAGGAGACCAAACUCGUCGGUGUCGAUAUCAAGACAGGCAAUCUUGUCGGCGUCUUUGGUCCCGAAGCAGGAUGGUGCGAAUGGCAUGAUCGAGAUAGACCAGCGACGGGCGAGGAUCCCAUCGAUGCGCGACCUCAGGACUUGCUCUACAUGGGCAAAACAGACUAUACUGUGUCCAUCUUCUCCAAGCACCAAGGGCUCCAACAGCAGCUAUCCUAUUCCGCAUAUGGUCCCUCGACUUUCGGUGACAGCAUCCAAUCGAUCUGGACGAGAACUCCAGACGAUAGAUAUCUGCAACCCAUGCAUGACGGCAGCCUCGUCUGCUUCAAAGCAGGCGAUCACGGCCUACAAUGGACUGUCCAGUUCGACUCGCCUGCCGUUUCGGUAUUUGAUAUCGCGACGCCCAGGACAGCAUCCGAGCACGAAGAAGCCGGCCAGCCUCUGCUGUUCGCUCAACCCCAGCCUCGGCCUGCUUUCGGCUUGCCGUCGAGCUUCAUGGCCUUACGCAAUCUGCCUGAAACGACCUUUGUCGGCAAUCACGGCACUACCUACUAUGCCAUGAGCCGGGAUACGUUCCCGCUCGUCGCCUUUGCUCCAAGUGCGCACGUCACCAGACGGCCGGAGAAGGAGAUCCGCACCUUUGCCGAUCUUAUCGGCAGUCACCGAGUAGAGUCGUCAGAUUUUGCUUCGCCGCUCAAUCAGAUCGAGGAGGGCGAGCACAGGCUGGGCAUCGAUCCGCCUCAGCCGCCCUCGACCACCGCUGCUUGGGACUCCGCAACAAGCAUACUGCGCCUGGCAGAACGCGCGCCUGCACUCGGAUUGUCGACUACGUCGCUCGCAACGAUUGCAAUCACCCUAGUAGCUGUAAUGUGUGCUGGUAUAUACAUCCUAUCAAGGCAUCAGUACCGCCCUCCCCCAAUCGAAGAGCCCGUCCAGAACGGCACAGCUCUACCUCGGCAGACCGCUUCGCCUCAGAGGGAUCAGCCAGAGAAUGAUCAUGCAGCGGCGGCCACAGUACAAGACGAUCAGCUCGAGUCUGACAAUGAAGUCGAAGCUCGCUAUGACGAUGCAAAGCCUCGGCCAGGCAGGAGGAGGAAGCGCGGUCGCCGACCUUUGCAGAAGGCAGCAGCACUGGCCACGGCCGCUCAAGUGCCUGCGAUCUCGAUCACUGGCGAGGAUGGCGCAGCAGUGGAGCUUGCAAAGACUCGCGAGGAGCAUGUUCAGCCCCUGCCGUCACCCGUUGCUGCUGUUCCACUGUCCACUGCUCAAACAGGUCAAAUCGGAUCCCUGAUUGUUUCCGAGUCGAUAUUAGGAUAUGGAUCACACGGCACUGUCGUGCUCAGAGGCGAGUUUCAGGGUCGAGCGGUAGCCGUCAAGCGGUUGCUCAAAGACUUUGUCACCAUUGCGACUCACGAAGUCAGUCUGUUGCAAGAGAGCGACGAUCACACCAACGUGAUCCGCUACUUCUGCAAGGAGCAAAAGGACAAUUUCCUCUAUAUCGCGCUCGAGCUCUGUCCGGCUUCGCUCGCAGAUCUCAUCGAGCAGCCCUCUCUGCAUCCCGGUCUUGUCAGCUCAUUCGACGACAAGAAAGCUUUGCGCCAGAUCACAUCAGGAUUGGUACAUUUGCAUUCGCUCAAGAUCGUUCAUCGCGAUAUCAAACCGCAGAACAUUCUCGUUGCGCCAGACAAGCUGGGCGGUCUCCGUAUGAUGAUCUCAGACUUUGGACUCUGCAAGAAACUGGACAAUGACGAGAGCAGCUACUUCCAAUCGGUCAACCAUGCUGCAGGAUCCUUCGGCUACCGGGCACCGGAAGUCUUGCGAGGCGAGGUGAACCCGAACGAGCAGGCCGCUUCGCCGCUCGACUCGACACAGUCCGCAGGCUCGAGUCCUGACGAUCAGACCAGGAAGAAGCUUACGCGAUCUGUGGACAUCUUUGCACUUGGCAAUCUGUUCUAUUAUAUCUUGACAAGGGGCGAGCAUCCGUUUGGUGCGCGAUACGAGCGCGAAGUCAAUAUUCUCAAAGCUCGUGUUGACCUGUCACGACUCGAUGGUCUCGGCGAGGAAGCCUUGGAAGCGCAAACCGUCAUUCUAUCGAUGAUCAGUCCUGACCCGCUGCAACGGCCAAAGGCAAAGGACGUGCUCGUGCAACCCUUCUUCUGGUCUCCGGCGAAACGGCUGCUCUUUGUCUGCGAUGCUAGCGACCGAUUCGAGAUCAUGGAACGUGAUCCGCCGGCUCCUGCUCUGCAGUCGCUUGAGCGAUCUGCGCCUGAUAUCGUUGGCGACGAUUGGCUCCGCAAGCUCGAUCGCACCCUCAUCGAUAAUCUGGGCAAGUACCGGAAGUACGAAGGCCAUUCCGUCCGAGAUCUCUUGCGGGUCCUCCGCAAUAAAAAGAAUCACUUUCAGGACUUGCCAGAGAACGUACAGAAGAAUCUCGGCGCCUUACCGGACGGCUUUCUCGCCUACUUCACGCAUCGCUUUCCUCGCCUGCUGCUGCACAUUCACCAGGUCGUGCGCGAGCACCUCAUCGAUGAACCAAUGUUCGGCCCCUACUUCUCCGCAGACUAG